UUGAACUCCUAAUUUGCCAUAUUAGACUGAAUUCUUUUUUCAAAAUAUCUCAGUCCAUGCUGUAUCUGUUUUGAUGACCAGUAUAGCUGUAAACAACAAUGUCAUGGUCUUUGUAGCUGAAAGUAGCAAAUAUGCUGUAGUAUUAUAGAUAAAAACAGUGAGAAAAACAUAGAUCUUCAGGGCUAACAACGGAAUACAGAUCACCUUUGCUACUCCAUCCAACCACUGGGGAGCCACCAGGGAAAAGACAGGUAAUGGAGAAGUUUUUUAAGCCUGUUCACAGCCCUUCCCCGAUGGAUGAGAUCAAACCACAGAAGAAUCACCACCAUCAUCACUUCUACCAUCACCAAGACAUGCAUUCACACAGGUACACAAAGCUUGAUGACACUGAUAUUUAUACAGAUGAUAGCCAAGGACAUCGUCACCAUCGUCAGCACAGUCAGUAUCUCCGUGACAGCUCUCACCGUAGUGCCCAUUAUCCUCAUCAGUUUCACCAUGAUGAAGAGAAUGAAACAAUUUUCAACCACCACACUCCUGUAACUCUCUCCAGAGCCUCUUCAUCUUCCCUCUCCUCCAGCUCUUCCACCUCUUCUUACUCUUCCUGGUACACAGAGACAAGUGCAAAUGAUCCCUUCUCUCUUCGUCAUGCUGAGCGGCCACAGCAUUCCCUGUCCUGCUCCAAUAUUCCAGAUGUGCGCAGAGGUUUUAGGGAGGAUGACAGCAGUGAGCCUGUUGUUUUUGCUACGAUUAAACACAACAAAAAGGGAAAUGUCAGUAGCAGGUUGAAUAACAGCUCAGAACAACAUGGAAGCACUAACUUUUCUUCUCUGAAUCGAGGUCACAGUCGUAGUGAUGAAGGCCUUCUGCAGUGUAAUGAAAGUGAUGUUGGAGGAAAGCAAUCCAAAGUAUCACACAUAAACUAUGGGCCACUGUAUAAGUCCGCUAGUUUGAACCGAAACUUGGCUUUCAGUGAGGAUGACAUUGUUUUAGGAGUGCCAAAGGGGCCAAAGAGGGCAGUUUCUUCUUGCCAGCUACCUAGCAAAGGAAUACUCAAAAACAAAGAGCAUCACAAUGACAUUCGCAAAGCUAAGUCGAUGGAGGUCCUUUCCCCAAGAGUUACCAAAGGAGAGGGUCAAAGUGGGCAGAAAGGCAAAGGGAUCACUCAAGCUGAGAUAGAACAAGCCAGGGCAAAUUUUGUGGAGGGCAAGUUGCAGUUUUCAGCCUUUCUUGAUGAGAUUACCAAGCAGGUUAUGAGACCAUCGGAUCUCACCAUUUUGGGUGUGCAGAAUAAUAAAACUCCUGAAAAGACCUCUACCCCAGCUCCUACAUCUGACCCAGUCAAGCCCCAGCUUCCACCCAAGAAGCACAAAACGAGCCCUGCAGCUGAGAUGGCGCAGACUUUGAAGCAGCCCAGUAGACAGGUGAAAGCUUGCAGCAGCUCUCGAAAACGCUCAGAUUGUUCCAAUCCAGACAAACCGAUCUUAUAUACAGCUAGAAACCAUGAUGGUAGCCCGCCACCCUAUCAUCACCUUAACUCAGGAGGCCACAGUCGCAAAGACAGGAGACCCUCCCCUAGUGGAGGCUCCACAUCCUGGGACAGAUACAACAGAUAUGGCCCUCAUCUAACAGAUGGAACCAGUACCAGCCCUGAACCCACCCAUCCCAAACAACGGCACCACCGCAAACACCAACCCAGCACCUUCCACAACCAACAACCACAUAGCCAGCACUUCCAUCAACAGAUACAUGAAGAGUUUGAGAACCGAAGGCCAAGCAGUUCCCCGCUAUCAUCAGCCCAGGGUGCAGCAGGACCAGGUUUUGGAUCUGAGUCCUCAUCCACAAAAUCCGACUCAUCCAGAGCUAGAGAUACAGCCUCCACAGCUACCAGUCACAGCUCAGAGCAGAGCAGUCAACACCAGUCACAACACACAGGAAUGUCUAAACAACACAGGGACAUGCUGUUUGAUUCUGAUCACUUUCAGGCACUGCAGGAGGAGAAUGCAGAUCUUCACCAGAACUUGCUGCAGACAGUGGUUUGCAUUGAGAGCCUGGAAGCGGAGUUGCAGAGGACAAGGGACGAACUUAGCCAAGUCAAAGAAAAUUUUCUGCAGACACAUACUGGGACCAAACAGGCCAAUAACCUGCUGGGGGAACGUUUGCACAUAGCUUCUGAGAACUUAAGCAGUGAAAGAAAGUACCUCCUAAAUCGGGUUUCCCAGCUUGGCUCAGAGCUGGAUGACGCACACAAGACCAUCGCAGCCCUGGAGAACAUUAAUGUACCAUGCUUGAUAAAAGACUUAUUGGAGAAGCAGUUUGGUUCAGCUGAGGCCAUACAGAAGUUCCUCACAACCUCUUCUCCAAUCAACUUAUCCCACCAAGCAGAUGGCCAAUCCCAUCCUCCUAAAGAGGCGGAAGCAGCACAUGAUUGGUUGACCAGAUCAGACGCAGGUUCACAGAGAGUCACGGCCUUCCUGCCAUUUAAACAUGGCGUACCAGCAAAAAAGAAUGAGGGCAGUCUCUCAGGCCAGCAUGAGUCGAGUCCAUCCUUCUCUGUGGCUGACAUCAGUGCUGCUAUCUAUAAGAAAAUGGCUGCCAGUUACCCAGCCAGACCACUGCCUGUUUACCCUCAAAGCCAAAAGCAAUCUUCCAAAGGCACUAACCAUGCAGAUGCCCCCCAUCCAGACCUCCAUUCCCAUGUGGGUGGUGACAGCUGGGCAGGAAGGGGAGGGUUAAAGGUGCUGCUCUUGGAACAGGAUACUGGGGAUGUGAACUCAGUGUCUGCCCAACAGAUUCUGGAUGGGUUUAUGCAGCACCUGCAGGGCCACAAAGAGGCUGGUGGAGGGACGGAGCAGCAAAGUGGGAAUGAGUGGGCGAGUGGGGUGGAGCAAACAGGGAAGGUGGCAGACUGAAAAGGCCAUCCAAGGACAUAUGUUUUCAUCCAUCUGUUUCCAUAAAAUCUGUCUGCUGCAAACACAGUUUUUUUAGGAUGCUGUGGCUGAAAACAUUAGCAUUUAUUUUUGGCUUGUAGAUUAUGUAAUUACCACAUAGUUCAUAUAUAUCCAUGUAGAGGAAUGAAACUUCUAAAACUGAAUGAAAUGAAAUGAAUGAAACCUAAAAUCUGCCAUAAAGAUGAAUUCAGUAAAUUAUAUUAACAUGAAAGUCCUCUGGUUAUUAUGUACUGAAAGAUAAAACUAUUGAAAAUGAGCUCGUUCAGUAGAUGAUUAAAUAAUUAAUGCAACCAUUUUAAUAAAAGAAAUUUCUUGUAACUUUAUAUAAGACAGCCUUUCCACAGCAGCCUGUCAAAUUCUCUGAAAACAAUUUUACUUAUAUUUUUUUCACAAUUCUACUUGGCACGAUGACGCUGUUCUUAUUUAUGCAGAAACAACCAUUUUGUGUUUAUGUUUCCACUACACAUAGGGGGAAGAAUGACGUCUAACGUCUGGGAGCAAAAAGGAUAUUAACUGAAGAACAAUGUUCAUUGUUUUUUUUCUAGAUCUAAGACAUUUUAGAACGACUUUUUGUCAAUAAUAUUAUGAAAUGUAAUUUAGAUUUUACUGUGCAUGCAAAAGUUUGUGUCAAUACUUUAUAUUAAUGUAAAACAUACAAUUUUGACUCUUUCCUUUCUGUAAUAAUGUGAUGGCUGGUAGAUAUUUUGUUCUGUUGUAUUUACUAAAAAUGUACAGUUAACAAAUUAAAUUACAUUAACUUAAGUAUGUGCAAGUAUUAUGAUGAUGUAAGUUAAAAAAAAAAGCAACCGCAACCAAAACAACGUCAUUUGAACCUUUUAAUCCCCAGUUUUUCUGGGGAGUUUGCCAUUAUACAUACCUUUAUUCUGUGUUACAACUCUUUUAACCAAAUAAAGAUAAUGAUAUUGAAUAACCCCACGUACAAAUAAGUCAUUCAUCUG